GGUUGUUCCUCGGGGUGUUUUUGAGCCUGCCACCCAACUCAAGCAGGCAGAGAGGCCAGGGGACAGCAUGAUGAUGGACCUUUUUGAAACUGGCUCCUAUUUCUUCUAUUUGGACGGGGAGAAUGGAGCCCUACAGCAGCUGGAGAUGGCCGAGGGAUCCCCACUGUACCCAGGCAGUGACGGCACCUUGUCGCCCUGUCAGGACCAAAUGCCACCAGAGGCUGGUAGUGACAGCAGCGGAGAGGAGCAUGUGCUGGCACCCCCUGGACUACAACCCCCCCACUGCCCCGGCCAGUGUUUGAUCUGGGCUUGUAAAACUUGCAAAAGAAAGUCGGCCCCCACGGACAGACGGAAAGCAGCCACCCUGCGGGAGAGGAGGAGACUGAAGAAGAUCAACGAAGCCUUCGAGGCUCUGAAAAGGCGGACUGUGGCGAACCCAAAUCAGAGGCUGCCCAAGGUGGAGAUCCUGAGGAGCGCCAUCAGCUACAUCGAGAGACUGCAGGACCUCUUACACAGGCUGGAUCAGCAGGAGAAAAUGCAGGAAAUCGGGGGGGACCCUUUCAGCUUCAGCCCCAAGCAGGGAAAUAUCCCCAGUUCAGACUUCCUGAGCACCUGCAGUUCCGACUGGCAAAGCGUUUCUGACCAUUCCCGAGCCCUGGGGAUCAGCCCCAAGGAAGGAGGCUCCAUCGUCGAGUCGUCAGCCUCCAGCAGCCUUCGCUGCCUCUCUUCCAUAGUCGACAGUAUUUCUUCCGACGAGCCCAAACUGACCAGCGUGGAGGAAGUGGUGGAGAAAUAAAUCGGGCUGCUCUGGUAGUAUAUAUCUAAGGGAGACGGAGUCCCCAUCCCUUCCCUCUAA